AUGGAAUUGCUCGUAUUGGUUUCGAUAUGUGGUGUGUGCGCGAUGACUAAUGGUCAAAGAGCUCCAAGAGCGUCGACACGUUUUGGUGAUGUGGAAGGAUUCACGUAUCGUCUGGAGAAUGGUGAUAGUGCGAAUAUUUUUCUCGGUAUUCCGUAUGCGUCUCCACCAGUUCGCAUUCUACGUUUUGAGCGUCCAGUUCCAGUAAGGCCAUGGACAGGGAUCAAGAAAACGAUCGACUAUGGAGCAUCAUGUUAUCCGUAUCAUAGAGAUGCCAUGGUACCAAACCUAGAAUAUGACGAAGAUUGUCUCUAUAUGAACGUGUUUGCGCCUAGUAGAAAGAGCGAUUCCUUAUGGGGUUAUCCGGUUGUUGUGAUCGUGCACGGUGGUGGUUUCAAAUACUUCUCGUCUUCAUUGCUGCCACACGAUACACUCUGCAAUAAUUUCGUUAAAGAAGGCAUUAUCGUAGUGACAUUCAACUAUCGUGUUGGCUUCCUGGGUUUUCUAAGUACCGGUGAAGGGCCGUUACCGGGUAAUCUUGGUCUCUGGGACCAAACUGAAGCACUUGUCUUCGUCAGCGAGAAUAUCCCGGCCUUUGGAGGUGACCCAAGGAGAGUGACGCUUCUUGGACAAGGCGCUGGUGCGGCAAGUAUUUCAGCACUUUCAAUUUCACCCAAAUCGAACGAAUUCUUUCAACAGUCAAUCACAUUCAGCGGUUCAAUAUUCUGUGAAUUCGCUUUGAGUCAAAAUGUGAUUAGCGAGAGUUUCCGAUUGAUCAAUGCGUUGGGAUGCGCCAACAAAAGUCAUGUUGAUUUGAAGGAUUGCAUGAAAAGACUGAGUGUUCACAUGCUACUCGACGGUAUGGACCGCGUGCAUUACGACUCCCACGCCAUACAGUUUCAUCCAAAAUUUGAUACGCACUUCUUUGUGCGUCCUCGUGAUCAACUUCUGCAAGUGGUAUCACCUAUGCGCAAUAUGAUCGGUGUUCACGGUGCAAAAUCUGCUAUUUCCGUGUUGUACGACGAUGUGAGAACUCGCUUCAAGACCGUCUUGAGUGUAUCACAACAAGCCACAUUUUCGGUCAAAGACCUUCGCAACUAUAUCCGAAAUGUGGUGGCAACUGAGGAGGUAUUCGGUGAGAGGGCAAAACCAUUCGAAAAACAACUGGUGCAAUUUUAUGUGGAACGUGCUGUACCUGAAAAUAUGAUCAACGAUAUAACAUAUAACGUUGGCAUUUUCUACGAACUGCAACUGAAGCAGUCGACUAACUGGACAACAUUCCUGUUCACUCAAGAUUAUCAUAAUCCACAACUUUACACAAGACAAACACUGAGAGUUGAAUUCGAAUACAAUCAUAAAGAUGUACUCUUCAAACAAUACCUUCUUUCGUCUAUACGGCACUUCAUAAAGACCGGGUCUCCCACAAUCAGUGAUUCAGAUUGGCUUCCAACCGACACAGAGCACCCGUUUCGACACCUCAGAAUGACUUCUAAACCAAAGAUGCGCGAGCAUCUGAAGCCCCAGAAUACACAUUUCUGGAGGAAUGUAAGUUUUUGCAGAUUCACAACAUUUCCGAUGGAUUUCAAAUGA